AUGGAUUAUGUUGGGAAAGAUAGCAGGGCUGUUGAUGUGGCACAAACCACAGCAAUUGAAUGUCAAGAUUUUUAUCCGCAUUACAAACGCGGUUUUGACGACACAGAAGUUGACUGCCAAGCAGUGGUGCUUUUCUACAGAGUGCAGCGAAUGCUGGAUUUAACGUGCAAUGCACUGCGUCAACAGAUAACGAAUACGGAGCAGAGAAGGCUCGAAAAAGAAAUUAGGGAUGUGUUAGAUGACUGGGCACAUGAUAUGGAUAAAAAGAAGGAAUAUUUGACAGGGCGACGUGUAGAGCUGGCUGAAGAACUCAAGCAAGUUCGUCAUAUCCAAGAAAAACUGGAAGAAUUUAUGGUGCAACUACAGAAAGAGAAAUCAGCAUAA